AUGGUGAACUGGAGCUCGCAGCGUGGCAACAGGCAGCAGCAGCGUGAUGGCCGCCGCGGAGGUUGGACCUCGGACUGGAAAGGCUGGUCCAGAGACAAGAACGGAGAAUGGAAAAAACAGGAGCAGAAUAAGCAGUACGUUGUGAGUGGCACGUGUGGCAAGUGGAAGUGGAUCAGUCGUGCGUACAAGGACCCGCUGUGCAAGUGCGGGGCCAUGCUACUCUCCAGUAUGCCAAAGAACGAGGAGCCCUCUGAGGAUGACCCGCAGCUCAUGCGUAUCGUCCAGGGGCUGCAGGGGCUCCUUGGUGGCCCGCAGUUGGAGGUUUUCAAGAAGCAGUACGGUGCAGCCGCUGACAGAGGCGAAGACGACGACGAGGAGACGGGUGCCGACCGUGGGACCCACUUAUCGCAGCAAGUCAGCCUCGCCAAGCGAGCAAUGCAAAGGGCCACCGCCUAUAAGGAUGAAUGCCAGAAGCGUGUCGACCAACUACGUGAAGAGUUGGAGCAAGCAGAAGAGUCCCUCGCCGUCGCCGUGGCUCAAGAAGCAGCAGCCAAGGAGACGGCCGCCACCAAGUCCAGGGAGUGGGCGGCCAUGGUGCGCCCAGAGGAGGGUGCAGCGGAGGCAGUGCCCACGCCCCCAGUCGCUGGCGUCGCGGCCAUGGGCGAGGCCGAGCAGCGCAUCUUCGCCCAGUUCCUCGCCGCCAACCCCGCCAUCGCAGGGCACCUCGGCAUCCAGGUGCCAGGCGGGGCCGCGGGGGGCGCCCCCGCGCCAGCCGCCGCGGCCGAGGCCCCAGGCGCCCCAGCCCCAGGCGGCCUGGCGCCACCUGGGCCAGCGGCGGCAGGCGUGGCGCCCGCCCCAGGCGCAGUGGCGCGGGCAGCCCGCCAGGCAGCCAUGGGAGCGGGCGCCGGCGGCGGCCCCAGCGGCGGGCGGGCCCAGGACGCCCGCGGCAGGUCGACGGCGGCGAAGCUGAAAGUUCUCCUCAUGCUCGUGAUAGCCACGCUUUUCGUGAGCAAUAGUGAGGCAGCGAUCGCCGACCACCCGUACAUAGACUACGCGGCCAAUUUUGAUUACCCGUCCUUCUCUCAG